AUGCCUCGUGCUCGACAGCCCCGGAGGAAGGGGAGGGAGGGACCGGGGAAGACCAGAGACAAGGACACGGGAGGCCAUGCCUCGGGCGGGCAGCAUGGGUCGGGCGGGCAGCAUGGGUUGGGCGGGCAGCAUGGGUCGGGCGGGCAGCAUGGGUGGGGCGGGCAGCAUGGGUUGGGCGGGCAGCAUGGAUUGGGCGGGCAGCAUGGGUCGGGCGGGCAGCAUGAGUCGGGCGGGCAGCAUGGGUCGGGCGGGCAGCAUGGGUGGGGCGGGCAGCAUGGGUUGGGCGGGCAGCAUGGGUUGGGCGGGCAGCAUGGGUUGGGCGGGGCAGCAUGGGUUGGGCGGGCAGCAUGGGUUGGGCGGGCAGCAUGGGUUGGGCGGGCAGCAUGGGUCGGGCGGGCAGCAUGGGUUGGGCGGGCAGCAUGGGUCGGGCGGGCAGCAUGGGUUGGGCGGGCAGCAUGGGUUGGGCGGGCAGCAUGGAUUGGGCGGGCAGCAUGGUUGGGCGGGCAGCAUGGGUUGGGCGGGCAGCAUGGGUUGGGCGGGCAGCAUGGGUUGGGCGGGCAGCAUGGGUUGGGCGGGCAGCAUGGGUCGGGCGGGCAGCAUGGGUCGGGCGGGCAGCAUGGGUUGGGCGGGCAGCAUGGGUUGGGCGGGCAGCAUGGGUCGGGCGGGCAGCAUGGGUUGGGCGGGCAGCAUGGGUUGGGCGGGCAGCAUGGGUUGGGCGGGCAGCAUGGGUCGGGCGGGCAGCAUGGGUUGGGGCGGGCAGCAUGGGUUGGGCGGGCAGCAUGGGUUGGGCGGGCAGCAUGGGUUGGGCGGGCAGCAUGGGUCGGGCGGGCAGCAUGGGUCGGGCGGGCAGCAUGGCAUGGAUUGGGCGGGCAGCAUGGGUUGGGCGGGCAGCAUGGGUUGGGCGGGCAGCAUGGGUUGGGCGGGCAGCAUGGGUUGGGCGGGCAGCAUGGGUUGGGCGGGCAGCAUGGGUUGGGCGGGCAGCAUGGGUCGGGCGGGCAGCAUGGGUUGGGCGGGCAGCAUGGGUCGGGCGGGCAGCAUGGGUUGGGCGGGCAGCAUGGGUUGGGCGGGCAGCAUGGGUUGGGCGGGCAGCAUGGGUUGGGCGGGCAGCAUGGGUCGGGCGGGCAGCAUGGGUUGGGCGGGCAGCAUGGGUUGGGCGGGCAGCAUGGGUUGGGCGGGCAGCAUGGGUUGGGCGGGCAGCAUGGGUUGGGCGGGCAGCAUGGGUUGGGCGGGCAGCAUGGGUUGGGCGGGUAG